AUGAACGGCGGCAGUUUUCAAUUCUACGGCUCGUCUUUGGAGCCUUUGAUCCAGCUUCCCAGGACCGCGGAUGCGCAAAGCCUUAUCAAUUUCCAUAUAGGUCAUCUCACGUGGCAUCACAACUCUUUCCAUGGACCCACAUUUCUUGAACAAUGCGAGUUGUUCUGGAAGACGGGCAGAUGCGAUCAUCCACUUUGGAUGGCGCUUUACUUUUCUGUGCUGAGCUGCACAAUCAAUUCGAUCCAGAACAGUCGAAAGUUAACCGUGCUAAUCAACGUUGAUCUGGACCUUAUGCCGUCUGCUCAGCAACUAUUUUCCGCGAUGGUACAGACUCUCUAUGGCGCUCAUUUCCUGAACAACUUAUCAAUAUACUCGGUCCAAUCUGUUGUGAUUUCAACAGAGGUUGCCCACAACUUAGGUCUCAGUCAGUUGAACGCGACUCUAUUCAACGCAGCUGUGCGGAUUGCGGAAUGCCUUGGAAUACAUAAAAUCAAGAACCACCCUCCAACACCUAAAACAGAAGACGGGUGGGAAGAGCGCGUUGAACGAGAGGUCGGACGACGAGUGUGGUGCCAAAUGUUGAUCCAAGACCACUUUGCAAUUCCAUUCACAGACACAUAUAGCAUUUCUCCAAUGCACUUCUCGACUGGGCGACCUCUCAAUGCAGACGACUAUGAUUUAGCAGAUGCACCACCUGAAACGCCAACAAUAAGCAGUUAUGUCCGUGUUCUCGUGGAUCUGGCCGCAUUAAUGCCAGGCUUAGUUGACGGACUCGGACCGAUGCACCGUCGCAAAUCAUAUCGAGAGCAAUAUGAGCACAUUCUUCGAGUGGACCAAAAAAUGCGCGCAAUUGUAAAAGGCAUACCUCCGUUCAUGCUUCGUCCAGACCCUAUCAAAGAAGCCCAAAUUCCCUGGCUUACAAUUGCCCGGCGUAGUCUGGCCAUAACGGCAGCUGAAAAGAUCAUUAUGAUACACCGACUAUUUUUGUUUCGUUCAUUCCAUGACCCGACCUACGUUCAUUCUCGGCGGACUUGUGUUGCAGCUGCAAUGACAAUUUUACGCGAACAUGAGACAAUCGUGGAAGAUGACGACCUAUCAAUCUGGACGCACACGGCAUUUGCCAUUACAGCCGCAGUAAUAUUGUGUUUUGAAGUAAACACAGUGAUGGAAACUUCAGAUAGAAGAAGCGUACCAAUGUACAGAACAGCUGUCCUUGCAGCGCGCGAUCGACUUUCUUCACGAAAUGGCGAUAUACUUGCACAGCGCGGUGUUGCUCUGAUUAAUGCGAUAUUCAUUGCUGAGCAGUCCGGCUCCAGCGCCCCAGAGAUGAAUCGACUGAAAUCCAUUGACUUCAACCGAGUAUUUUCCAAUUUUUCCACUUUGAGCAAAGCGAGUGCUAUCCCCUCUCCUGACGAAAUGACACCGGGAAAGCUUUCGACUGGCACCCCUGAAACAGUAGAUGCACCUGAUGUGGGCGAACUGCAACUGGCUUGGAACCAAGAGGAAAUUGAUUUCGAUCUAUGGUUUAACGGAAUUUUCAAUAACUUUCCUGGCAAUCAGUUGUAA